UGAAUAUAGAUUAGCACUUCAUUUACCAGAAUCACCAAGAACGACGACUUUGACUUUCUCAAUAGCAGCCAUUCACAAGUACUUAUUGCAGAGAUGACUGAGGAACGGUUGGUGACUGAAGUUCCCAGCAGCUUGAAGCAGCUGGCAAGACUUGUCGUUAGAGGCUUCUAUACGAUAGAAGAUGCUCUCAUAGUCGACAUGCUUGUAAGAAAUCCAUGUAUGAAAGAAGAUGAUAUUUGCGAACUCCUCAAGUUCGAGAGGAAAAUGUUAAGAGCUCGAAUAGCUACAUUGAAAAACGAUAAAUUCAUUCAAGUGAGAUUGAAAAUGGAAACGGGACCAGACGGUAAAGCACAGAAAGUGAACUAUUAUUUUAUAAAUUACAAAACUUUCGUUAACGUAGUUAAGUACAAGUUGGAUCUCAUGCGCAAAAGAAUGGAAACAGAGGAACGUGACGCUACCAGUCGCGCUAGCUUCAAAUGCCCGUCGUGCGGCAAAACAUUCACUGAUCUUGAAGCAGACCAGUUAUAUGACAUGAUGACAAACGAGUUCCGUUGUACAUUUUGUAGUCAAAUCGUAGAAGAAGAUCAGUCGGCUCUUCCAAAAAAGGAUUCAAGAUUAUUAUUGGCCAAGUUCAACGAACAGUUAGAAACACUGUAUAUUUUAUUACGAGAAGUGGAAGGCAUCAAGCUUUCACCAGAAAUUUUGGAACCGGAACCAGUGGAUAUUAAUACUAUCAGAGGGUUGAACAACAAACAGAUGGCCCAACGGCCACCAGGAGAGCAGUGGUCGGGCGAAGCCACGCGCAACCAGGGCAUGCUGGUGGAGGAGACCCGCGUCGACGUCACCAUCGGGGAGGCCGACAACGCGAACGACACCAGCGCGCUGCGCAAGGAGCGGCCCGUAUGGAUGGUCGAGAGUACCAUCGUUACUAAUGACCAGAGUGAUAGUGUACAUUCCACUGACGCUGCGUUGGAGAAAGCAGCUAGCAAUGCCAGUAAUGUGAAGACGACAGGAAAAGAGAAGAAUGAUGACAUCAUGUCCGUCUUGCUUGCUCAUGAAAAACAAAACUCAGGAAAUUCGGCUAUGAUGAACGCCGUGAAAGGAAUCGAACCGGAUAGUUCAGAUUCAAGUGACAACGAGUCGAAAGACCCGUACAAACUCAAGGACGAGCUUGCUGCUGUUGCUGAAAUGGAAAGCGAGGAUUCUGACAUUGAUGACAACGCACCCACCGUACUCGUCAACGGCAAAGAGGUGCCAAUCACGAGCAUCGACGAUGACGUCAUCGCACAGAUGACGCCCACGGAAAAAGAAACUUACAUCCAAGUAUACCAAGAGUAUUACAGCCACAUGUACGAUUAGAUAAGCAUUACAAAUCAGCUAUCAGACGUAAAUAAAUGUCUUGUCUAAAUCUCGAA